UUGAGUGUUAGCAAGUGGGGAGUUUGGUGUUGGUUUUAUGCGAUUGACGUGCACUAUAGAAGUUUAUGCUUGGUUUAUCAUUAAACAACAACACAAAAGGAUAAAUACUUUAUUUAUGACAAAUGCUAAAAUAAAAACAGUUUGACUCAUUAGGGCGUGGUCUUGAAGUUUAUCAGGGAGUUUAAAUUCAGUAUUUGAUUUUUCUGGCAUGGUUAAUGUAGUUUGUAGUUGAUGAAGCCAAUUGAAACAAGGUAGUUUUCAAUGUGAAUUCUUUAAUUCAACACGUUUUUUCCCCCGUUUUAAUUGUGCAACAUGGCUUUUGCAAAAUUCAGCAAAAUCUUGCGACUUUCUAACUUUGAGAAAAGGAAAACAAAAGAGUAUGCACAUGUACAGAGGGAUUUGAACCCCAGUGAUAUCUGGGAAAUUAUCGGAGAAUUGGGAGACGGAGCUUUUGGCAAAGUGUACAAGGCUAAAAACAAGGAGACUGGUGUGCUAGCUGCUGCAAAAGUGAUAGAGACGAAGAGUGAAGAAGAACUGGAGGACUACAUGGUAGAAAUAGACAUUCUUGCAUCCUGUGACCACCAGUACAUCGUCAAACUUCUGGAUGCCUUUUACUUUGAAAACCAGCUGUGGAUCAUGAUUGAAUUCUGCCCUGGAGGAGCAGUGGAUGCCACAAUGCUGGAGCUCGACAGAGGGCUGACUGAACCCCAGAUUAAGGUUGUUUGUCGUCAGAUGUUAGAAGCUUUGGUCUACCUCCACAGCAUGAAAAUCAUUCACCGCGACUUAAAGGCAGGAAACAUACUUCUGACACAGGAUGGAGACAUUAAACUUGCGGAUUUCGGGGUGUCUGCAAAGAACACCAAGACACUGCAGAGAAGAGACUCCUUCAUUGGAACCCCGUACUGGAUGGCUCCGGAGGUAGUGAUGUGCGAGACCAUGAAGGACACCCCAUAUGAUUACAAGGCUGAUAUCUGGUCUCUGGGAAUCACGCUGAUAGAGAUGGCACAGAUUGAGCCCCCACAUCACGAGCUAAACCCAAUGAGGGUCCUGCUGAAGAUUGCUAAAUCAGAUCCACCCUCUCUUGACAUGCCCUCAAAGUGGACACCAGAGUUUAAGGAUUUCCUUAAGAAGUCAUUGGAUAAGAACCCUGAGACCCGACCAAGUGCAGUUCAGCUGCUGGAGCACCCCUUUGUCUGCAAAGUCGACUCAAACAAGCCUGUGAGGGAUCUGGUUGCCGAGGCAAAGGCUGAAGUGAUGGAGGAACUUGAGGACAACAGGGAGGAAGGAGAAGACGACGACGCAACAGAAGUGAUAGCUCUGCCAGGUACUGAUGCUAAAGAUCCUUCUGAAACAAGCCAGAACAGUUUUGAAGGCAAGCAGCCUACAGAGCCCAUGCUGACUAAAGAAGUCAACUGCAUCAAGACCCCCAAUCCACCUCUACCCAAGUACCAGUCGGACAAACUUGGCGACAGGCUUUCCGAUGAAGGAAGUGGCAGCAGUGACACGGACAAAACUGAGAGUGAAAAGUCUCUAAAGAUAAGCAGCUCUGAUUCAGGAACUGAAGAUGGCAAAAGUACCCUGACUCUGGGGGAGGAAGAGAAACCCAGACCAGGGACAGAGGCUGGGCCCCCAGUGCCUGCAGAACCGACAAAGACUACCCAGGAACCCCUGCCUGAGAUCUACUACAACACAGUGAGCCCGUCGGCACCCACAAUACCUGAGAUACAUCUCAUACCUGUGAUCAAACCCGAUGUAGAAAUAAACGAAAGUGCGGCAAAAGAUGAACCAUCCCAGAAAUCUUUGGAGACAGAACCCAUGGACUCUUCAACACCAGUGGCCAAUGGUAGAUCGAAACGAUAUUCUGACUAUGGCAGUGUGUCUACCUCCGACAGCAUGGAUCUGAUCCUGAACCUGUCCGGAGAUCUUUCGCUGAACAAGGAGACCGGCUCAAUGUCGAUGCGGGACUCAAAGUUUUGCAGCAAGACCCUGAAACGGACCAGGAAGUUCGUUGUGGAUGGGGUGGAGGUCAGCGUGACCACCUCCAAGAUCAUCGGAGACGAUGAAAAGAAAGAUGAGGAGAUGAGAUUCCUGAGACGGCAGGAGUUAAGGGAUCUGCGUCUGUUGCAGAAGGAGGAGCACCGGGCCCAGACCGAGCUCAACACCAAGCUGCUACACCAGAGGGAGCAGAUGUUCCGCCGCUUCGAACAGGAAAUGAAUGUAAAGAAGAAGUUCUAUGACACAGAGCUGGAGAAUCUGGAAAGGCAGCAGAAGCAGAUGGUUGAGAAGAUGGAGCAGGAUCACAUGACCCGCCUGCGUGACGAGAUGAAGAAGAUCCGGGCAGAACAAGAACGCGAGUCUAGCAAGUUUCAGGAGAAGCUCAAGCAGAAGAAGAAAGAGGUUAAAAGUGAAGUUGAGAAACUGCCCAGACAGCGCCGAAAGGAAACCAUGAAACAGAAGAUGAAUGACUUUGCACAGUCAAAGCAGACACAGGAACAGGAGUUCUUGGCUGCCCAGAAGGAAUAUUUGGAUAGCACCCUGAAGAGGAUAAUUGCCGAAAAUAAACGAGAGAUCUCUGAACUGGAGCGCGAGUGUCUCAACAAAAAGCAGCAGAUGAUGAGAGAGCGGGAAGCAACUCUCUGGGAGCGAGAAGAACACAACUUGCAGGAGAAGCACCAGCUGAUGAAACAGCAACUCAAAGACCAGUACUUCCUGCAGAGACACCAGCUUCUCAAGAAGCAUGACAAGGAGCAGGAACAGAUGCAGCACUAUAACCAGAGGAUGACUGAGCAGCUGAGGGUGCAACAGCAGCAGGAGAAAGGACGGCUACCGAAGAUCCAGAGGAGCGAAGGGAAGACCAGAAUGAUGAUGUAUAAGAAGAGUUUGAGGAUUACCACGACAGGGAGUCCGGCAGAGGAUAGAGAGAAAAUCAAACAGUUUGCACAGCAGGAGGAGAAGAGGCAGAAGGCAGAGAGGCUACACCAGCAGCAGAAGCAUGAGAAUGUGAUGAGAGAAAUGAUGGCUCAGUGUGACAGUAACCUGUGGGAGCUCCAGCAACUACAGAAUGAGAAAUGCCAUCUUCUUAUUGAACAUGAGACCCAGAAACUGAAAGCACUGGAUGAGGAACACAACCAGCAGCUAAAGGACUGGCGAGACCAGCUCAGACCCAGGAAAAAGGCCCUGGAAGACGAGUUGAACCUGAAGAAGAAAGAACAGGAGGAGUUCUUUAAGAUGAGUGAAGAUUCUGAAUACAAGAGCCCAAGCUCUCCUAACAAAGUCGCCAAAUUCUUCCCUUUUAAUAACUCUACUGAUGUCUCCACCACCUAGCUAGACUACAGCCAAGUGUCUUACUGUGAACUCAGGACCAACAGGAUAGUGUGUAGCAAGCAAUGGUACAAGAUACAGAGUCAGAACACACACACACACACGCCAGUCAACCAUUUGCAAGCUACGCGGUACCGUUGUCUUAUUAUUAUUUUUUUUUUUUGUUGACAUUAUAUUGGCUGGCUCCAAAUUAUAGAAAUUAUAUAUAU